UGAGCCUCUCAAAAUCAGGCAGGCUCCUGUUCUGUAGAACAAGCAAGCACCUGGAGCAGGCAACCAUUUUGAUUCUAUAACUAGCACAAAAUGUGACGACGACGAUACAUCUACGCUCAUUAGCCUAAAGUUAUUCGACUUGCGACAUCCUCGAAUACCCAAAAGAAAUAAAGAAAAAGAAUCAGCCCCAAGAUGAUGCCCAGGCAAGCAUACGCCCCGACGCCGCACAGCUAUGUGCCCAACACGGCAAUGUCGGCCACCAUCAACCUGGAUGAGGAGGUCAAGCUUGCCGACACGCGCGCCGAACGCGAUCUUCAGGAUUCCCUGGCCGAGAUUUUCUCCAUCAUCGUCACCAUUGACGAGCUGGAGAAGGCCUUCCUGAAGGACGCCAUCCCCGAGGUCGAUUACACCGAGAUCUGUGAGAGGUCCCUGAAGCAAUACCGCUCCAUUCUCGCCGACGAGACCGUCGCGGCCGCAUUUGGUGACUUGGAGGAAUUCAAGGCUGAAUGGGAUCUCGAGGUGCCUCGCGCCACUGAGCGCAUCAGAGUUGGCAUGCCCGCAACCGCGGUGCAGGCAUCCUCCGGCCCGGGACCCAACAACAAUCAUCGCCAGAGCGGCCCGCAAGGGGCGUCAGGGAACGGCUCGGGCAGCGCGCCGGGAGGUGCGCUAAUUCUCGAGGCUACGCAGGACUUUAUCACCUUCCUCGACGCGCUGCGUCUGGGACUACUGGCCAAGGAUCAGCUUCAUCCGCUGCUCACGGAUGUGAUCCAAUCGGUCAACAAGGUCACAGACCGUGACUUUGAGAACAGGGGCAAAAUUGUGCAGUGGCUUAUUACGUUGAACCAGAUGAAGGCCACGGAGGAGCUUACAGAUGCACAGGCUCGCGAGUUGGAGCUUGACAUCAACUCGGCUUACCAAGGGUUCAAGAACACCCUCUCCUGAUGAGACUGCGUAUCAAACAUAACAGGCUCUCUGGGUCCAUUUUACGUUUUUACCGAAUGAUGGGAAUAAUGAACUUAUCUUGACAUACGAUGACCAUACUCAAAAUUGUAAAUGUGUACAUAUAUGAUUUUAUUUUUAAUAUUUUAAAUGUAUACGUGUGAUCUUUUCUAGACCAAAAAGGUCCAGAAACUUGGAUACACAAAUUCCUCCUCGA